ACUUACGGAGGGAAUUCAAACGUAAAGUAAUUUUCAGUGUGGAAAGAUGAAGGAACGUGAGAGCCCAAAGUGGCACCCCAUGACGGAUGGAGUGAAGUGGACAGAAUACUGUGCAGAUACAUUAGAGAAGAUCUGGAACAGAAUACCCAGUCUUUUGGGACACAUCAUAGCUACUGUUAUUAUAUUUGCUUUCGGAGCCACACUCAAAGGUGAAUGGAUUCUCAUCAUGGUGCACUUCCUCAAGCAAAUGGGAAGAUCAGUCUAUGUGGGAGAAUCUGAAGGAAUAGCUGAUACCAACGAGAAUCUAACGCUUCCCCUCAGUUGGGAAGACCUCUCACUUGAGAGAUUGUACUUGAAGGAUUGGCCGUCUUUCUGGUUGUACUCAGCUAUUGGAUCCUACACAAUGUACUUCCUACUCGGAGGAUUUAUUCAUUGGUAUUUCUACGUUCGAAGACGCCACAAGGCACACGAAUGGAAGAUUCAACCGGAUAAAUUUCUCCCUCCUCACCUGGAACUCGAUGAGAUCUUCUGGGGAAGUUUAACCUUGCUAAUUUGCUCUGCAAUAACAGGAACAAUUGCUUGCUACGCUGCCAACAAUGGACCUUGGUUGAAGAUUUACUACGACUGGAAUGAGUAUGGUUGGUGGUGGUUCUUCCUGCAGAUUCCUGCAAUUUUUAUCUACCAGGACUACGCAACCUACUGGCUACAUCGCAUCUAUCACUUUCCCUUCCUCUACAAGCGCUUCCACAAAUUGCAUCACAAGUACAAGCAACCAACAGCAUUCUCCGUGACUGCCAUUCAUCCUGUGGAGAUUGUGCACAUCCAGAUAACCACCCUUCUCAUGCCCAUCUUCCUCGUCCCACUUCAUUGGGCUCCCUUCUACGGAGUAGCUCUGUAUGCCUACUACCACGCCAUCUUGGACCAUUCCGGUGUGGCAUUCAAAGCAUUCUGGUGGCAACCCUGGCAACCGGAUGCAGCCUUCCAUGACAACCAUCAUCAGUACUUCCAUGUCAAUUUUGGCUUCAACAUCAAGUACUGGGAUAAAAUUCACAAGACAGAAAGGAGAAAGGAUCGCGUGUACAGGGAAGACACAUUCUACGGAACCGGAAAAUCCUUGGACGAAGUGCCCGAAGAUGUUCUUCGGAGUGAGAUUGAAGAACGCAAAUCUGAGAAUCCUCUGGCAUACAAGGACAACAGGAAUAAAUAUGAACUCACCGAAAAUGACUUGCAGAUUAGAAAUAGGAAAGUAAAUUAAACUUUUUUUUGGAAUAAUAAA